GGAAGCGGGCAGCGGGGCUGGCGCCCUCCGGCCGCCGCCGUGGCGCGGUGGCGGAAAGAUGGCGGCGGCCAUCGAGUGAGCGGCGGCGGCGGCGGGCCCGGCGGCGGCCCCGGCGGGCGAGGAUGCAGUAGGGCGCUGACCAUGGACCAUGACGCCCCCACCAUCAGGCCCCGCCGCAUCCAGAACCAGAACGUCAUCCACCGCCUGGAGCGCCGCCGCAUCAGCUCGGGCAAAGCCGGCACCCACUGGCACCAGGUGCGCGUCUUCCACCAGAACGUCUUCCCCAACUUCACCGUGGUCAACGUGGAGAAGCCGCCCUGCUUCCUGCGCAAGUUCUCCCCCGACGGGCGCUACUUCAUCGCCUUCUCCUCCGACCAGACCUCCCUGGAGAUCUACGAGUACCAGGGCUGCCAGGCGGCAGAAGACCUCCUGCAAGGCUACGAGGGGGAGAUCCUGGCCAACGGCAACGACCAGAGAUCCGUCAACAUCCGCGGGCGGCUCUUUGAGCGCUUCUUCGUCCUGCUGCACAUCACCAACGUGGCCUCCAACGGGGAGCACCUGAACCGCGAGUGCAGCUUGUUCACCGACGACUGCCGCUACGUGAUCGUCGGCUCCGCCGCCUACCUGCCCGAGGAGCCGCACCCGCCCUUCUUCGAGGUUUAUCGCAACAGCGAGUCGGUGACCCCCAACCCCCGCUCCCCGCUGGAGGACUACUCCCUGCACAUCAUCGACCUCCACACGGGCAGGCUCUGCGACACGCGGACUUUCAAGUGCGACAAGGUCAUCCUGUCGCACAACCAGGGGCUGUACCUCUACAAGAACAUCCUGGCCAUCCUCUCCGUGCAGCAGCAGACUAUCCACGUCUUUCAGGUGACCCCCGAGGGGACCUUCAUCGACGUGCGGACCAUCGGGCGCUUCUGCUACGAGGACGAUCUGCUGACCCUGUCCGCCGUGUACCCCGAGGUGCAGCGGGACACGCAGACGGGGAUGGCGAACCCCUACAAGGAGCCCUUCAUCAACUCCCUGAAGCACAGGCUGCUGGUGUACCUGUGGCGGAGGGCGGAGCAGGACGGGAGCGCCAUAGCCAAGAGGAGGUUCUUCCAGUACUUCGACCAGCUGAGGCAGCUCCGCAUGUGGAAGAUGCAGCUCCUGGAUGAGAACCACCUCUUCAUCAAGUACACCAGCGAAGACGUGGUCACGCUGCGGGUGACGGAUCCGUCUCAGCCCUCGUUCUUCGUCGUGUACAACAUGGUGACCACAGAGGUUAUCGCCGUGUUUGAGAACACGUCCGACGAGCUGCUGGAGCUGUUUGAGAACUUCUGCGACCUCUUCAGGAACGCCACCUUGCACAGCGAGGCGGUCCAGUUCCCCUGCUCAGCGUCCAGCAACAACUUUGCCAGGCAGAUCCAGCGCCGGUUCAAAGACACUAUUGUGAACGCCAAGUACGGAGGGCACACGGAGGCUGUGCGGAGGCUGCUGGGCCAGCUCCCCAUCAGCGCCCAGUCCUACAGCGGCAGCCCGUACCUCGACCUCUCCCUUUUCAGCUAUGAUGACAAGUGGGUGUCAGUCAUGGAGCGUCCCAAGACCUGCGGCGAUCACCCGAUAAGAUUUUACGCUCGGGAUUCUGGCCUCCUGAAGUUUGAAAUCCAGGCGGGACUCCUGGGGCGACCCAUCAAUCACACGGUGCGGCGCCUGGUUGCGUUCACCUUCCACCCCUUCGAGCCCUUUGCCAUCUCGGUGCAGCGCACGAACGCGGAGUACGUGGUGAACUUCCACAUGAGGCACAGCUGCACGUAGGGGAACACGUGGCCAGGGCGGUGUUCUCCUCGGGUCUGGGCCUCUGCCACAGACACACCAAAGCCGGGCUCUCACGCCUUCUAGGAAACCAAACCAUCGCUCGUGUCAAGAAAUCUGACCUGGGAGCUCCUACCAGCCUGCAUCCCGCAGCCUCAGCUGGGGAAAGCUGAGCAGCCUGAGGCCUGGGAGUGUUUCUUCUGACUCUGUUCGCACUGCAGCGUCCCCACUGCGCUGAGCGCUGCUGCUGUUCCCUACUCCUAUUGAUGAACAAAGCGUAGCUGGGAUUCCUUUCGUGAUUUCCCAGAGGCAUGUCUGUUUUCUCCCCCGUUGUCUGUCUUAGGAUGGCGAGUACGGAGCUUUGCAACGUGUUUGUGGAGCGCUCCCUUCUGCACUGAUGCUUUCCUACCUUGUCAAGACAAACAGCCUGUCCUAGAGGGAAUGGAUGGAAGCCAUGGGGAGGGCUUAAAAAUACAGCUACCUGUGUUUGCAUCUUCAGUAUUAAUAGGGAAACGAAACCCUGUUCCCAUCCACACAAUCUGCUCACGUGAGUUUAAUAUGCAAGAGGUUAGGGAAAAAAAAAGUGUGAGAAAUCACUGGAAUUGAGAGAGAUGAGGUGUAUUCCUGACUCUUAUGCAAGUCACUUAAUUUUUGUGCCUUAGUAUCCGUAAAGCCCCUAAGUGCGAGCUGGUGUGGUAACACCAGAAGGCCAGUGCAGCUGACUGUGUCUCCAGCGUAUGAAAAGGUGGGCACAGGAGGAAGGCGGGUGGCUGGGAGAGGCGUGGGGAGCAACAACGGCUCCUUGCUCACGUCAGAGGACUUCUUUCUGCAGAGCGUGGACAAAUCCCCGUGGGCAUCUGCAGGUUCUGCUGCUGAGGAGAAAAGAGACCCAGCUGCUGGCACCCUCCUGCGCACUGGAGUACGGACGUGGAGGAUUAGUAGCAUUUGGGUCUCCCCGGAAAGGAAGGAGGAGACCUGAAUUACUGUGCGUUGCUGCAGGUUUGCAGUUGAGAGCUGAGUUUGUUGACUUAGGUUGCUUACCUACCCCGUUUGAUACGUUGUUCUCUGUGAGAACCCCUUUGGACAUUCGCAGGCUUCGAAGCACAACCGGCUGGUGCAUUAUGUUCAGCGUGCUGCUGACCGGACCACUGCAGUGUCUGUGCUGCCUCUAGAAUAAGCUCCUGGGUGUAGUAUUACCUGUCCCGUGAGCUGGAGGGGGUGCUGGGCUGCCCUCCUCUGUUAAAAAUGGAGUUUUUGGUUGUAGAUGAACAUCUGGGUUUAUGACUGUGCCGUAAGGCAGUUGCAGCCAUCCCAUGUGAGGUGCAGAGGGGGCUUUAGAAAUUUGGUGCUUGUACGUGGGAGACCCCUGCUUUGAAGGGCCCUGUUGGUGUCAUCUUCGGACCAGAAAGGGCUGUGGGUGAUGUGGCCACAUGCCUGUGAAGGAACAGUAUUAAAGCCACGCGUUCAUUCUGCGUAGUGAUGCGUAGGAAAACAACCGUGUGUGGUGGUGGUGGUGCCUGCGUACAGCGUGGCUAUCAGGCCUUGUAAGGGAAGGUGCCCCAGGGUCCUUGAAAUCAGCCGUCACUCUCGGUCUCGUGGUGUUUCUCUCCUCUCCUGGCCUCCCUAAACGUAAUUCUAGGGCAAGACACUGUAUUUCACUGCUCUUUUCCUGGCGUUUGCACUGUUGGUUUCUCAGGUCUGUCGGGAGCGACUUCAGGUCGGAAGACGGCUAAUAGAGGAGGCGCCAGGCCACGCGUGCUUUGGGUCUGGGCUCCUCUCCACCUGAUAACACUAUUUGUCAAGGUCUUAGGUUUUUAUCCUGUGAUCUGUUCCUCAAACAUUCAAUUAAAGCUCCACAUGGAGAAUCAUUUGCACACUGUAGACCAUGGAAUUACCUCCUUCCUGCACCACUUUCACGUUUGUUCACACUUUCAGUAUGAGGCUAUUCUUUUCCAAAGCUUUCAGCAGCUCUGUCCAAGACUGGGUUUACUCCUUGGUGUCACAGCCUGGGACGUCAGUGCUUAUUAAAAUGGUUGUCGGAUCUCCAUUUAGAUAUUAUUUUUUUUAGGUGGCAAAAAUAUAAACCACUUCAGCGCUUCUACAGUAGGGGCUUUUGCCAGAGUCAGGCUAUCCCGUGUGAAGCAGAGAGCGUGGCACAGCAGACGAUGGAUUAUUGGACUUGGGGCUGAGAGACCAGAGGUCUGUUCUUAGCUCUGCUAUUAAAUUGUUUUGUCACUGGGGGCAAAUCUAUUCCUGUUCCAGCUGGUGUUUUCUUCUCUGUAAAUGAGGCCAAAACCAUAUUUUAAGCUUUUGUAAAAAACACUUUGAGAUUCAUGGAUAAAAAGUGCUGGGUAAGUGCUAAGUAUUUUCUUAUUAUGGUUGCAGACAAACCGAUUGAUUCAUUCUGGGUACUAAUUGUCUUGGAGUAGCAUUGCAGAUCCUCUGGUUGUGGCUGCUGCUGCUGCGUUUUAUAUCUACAACAAAGUUAAUUUUAUUACAGAAAUGUGUUGGAAGAAAAGUCUCUCAUGCUUGAAAUUUUGAUUCUUUAUUAAAAAAAAAAAAAAAAGCGUGUGGUGGGGAGGGUGGGAGGAAAGGGGAGAUAUUUUCUACCUGAUAUUUUUCCUAGUCUAGGAUGAAGAUUUGUUAGCAACACAAGACAAAAAUGGAAUAAACAGAAUUUGCUUU